AUGUCAAACCUCCAACCCACAAUCUCACUCGCAGCCCACGAGCACCUCCCCGCAAUAACCGAGCUUAUAACUCAAGCCUAUAAACCCUAUACCCACCGUCUCAAUGGCAAAAAGCCAGCUCCCAUGACUGCAGACUACUCUGCUUUGAUCGAUUCAUCUUGUCUUUAUAUUCUCUCUGCCUCUGCUCCCUCCUCAACCUCCGCCUCUAUUUCCACCACAUCCUCAACCCCUCCAACAGUGCUGGGUUGUAUAUCACUUGAAGUGGAUGCGAAGAGCGAGGCAUUAGAAAUCAACAAUCUGGCAAUCUCCCCCUCCUCCCAAGGAAAAGGCUAUGGAAAACUGCUCAUGAAGUUUGCAGAAGACGUUGCUGCAGAUAAAGGGCUGAAAAAGCUGGAAUUGUAUACUAAUGUCAAGAUGGUGGAGAAUUUGGCAUUGUAUAAAAAGUUGGGGUAUCGAGAGGUGGGAAGGUGGGAGCAGGAUGGAUUUGAGAGGGUGUUUUUUCUUAAGGAGGUGUAG